UUGAAUCAGUAUGAAACAUGAACAACUCACUGGAUCAGAAAGAAAUAUUGGAGCAAUGUUCCUGAAAUUCUCCACUUUCUUAAAUCAAGACAUGGGCUGAACAUAUCGUUACGUCAUUUGAACCGGCCGCUUUGCAAGUACGGACUGUUUAGAAGAGGGAAUAGAAGUGACUUGAAUGAGAUUACGAGUUUUGUAGAACGGGAACUACAACAAUCUGGAAGCUGCUUCGGAUAUCGUCUUAUGCAUCAAAAGCUUCGUCAACGAGGAUUUUCUGUAGAUCGUGAGACAGUUCGUUUUAUUCUACAAACAUUAGAUCCGGACGGUGUAGAGAGCAGACGAAAACACGUCCUGAAACGACAAGUGUACAUCACACCGGGACCAAGUUUCAUAUGCCACGUUGACGGAUACGACAAGCUGAAACCUUUUGGAUUUUGCAUACAUGGUGCAAUUGAUGGGUAUAGCCGCAACGUUUUGUGGCUCGAAGUCAGCGAUAGUAACAACAAUCCUGCUAUAGUCGCCUCUUACUUCUUCUCCUGUAUAAAAGAAUUAUAUAUAUUAUAUUUAGAAAUUAUAAAAUUACAUAGUAUCAUCCGUUUAUUCGGCUUGAUACCUUGA